AUGGGAUCCAUACUGUGGACGAUAAUCUUUACAUUUGUCGCAUUACUUGCGAUUCCGCUGCUCAAGCUGGCCUCAAUUCUUCUUCGUCCAUAUUUCUCUCCUCUUCGAGAGCUUCCUGGGCCUCCAGGGGGUAGUUGGAUUACAGGACAUAUAAGCGAAAUGAACUCGUCCGAAAAUGACCGUGCAGCUUGUCACCUGCGAUGGGUCAAGCAGUACGGUCAUGUUUUCGUGUAUAAAUCUCUUCUAAACUCAGACAGACUUUCGACUGUCGAUCCGAAGGCGCUCAAUCACAUCCUGGCGAACCCGAUGAUCUACUACAAGCCCUCGCAUCUACGCCUAACGGUCGGACAGCUCAUAGGAGAAGGGCUCAUCUUUGCCGAAGGCGCUGCACACAAACGUCAACGUAGGAUCAUGGGUCCUUCCUUCAGCCUCGGUCAUACUCGUGAGAUGACCCAAAUCUUUCUUCGCAAGGCGAUAGAGCUGCGUGAAGCCCUCGGCGUGCAAGUAGACAGGAUCCCUCAAAGCCAACCUAUAAACAUCGCCCCUUGGAUUUCAAAAUGCACUCUUGAUAUAAUGGGCCUAGCUGGUUUCAAUUACGACUUUCAUUCUUCAACAGACUCGGGAGAGGGCGAGUCGACCGAUGAACUUGCUCGUGCAUUUGCCGCAUCCAAUCGCACCGGUCAAGGAUACGCGAUGAUGCAGCUGUUAUUUGCCUGGAUUCCACCCUUGCGGUUGGUCAUGUUCGACCGCGCGACGAGGACCGCGGAUAAAGCACAAAAGACGAUGCGGCGGAUAGGACGGCGACUCGUCGAGGAGAGGAAGAGAGACCUGGCUGAAUCCUUGGCAAGUGGUGACGGAGACGCAAGAACCGGCAAGGAUUUGUUAAGCCUAAUCGUGAAGGCAAACAUGAGCGUCGACGUCCCACCAGAGCAGCAGAUGACUGAUUCAGAGGUCAUGCACCAGAUUCCGACCUUUCUAGUUGCAGGACACGAGACAACCGCGACCGGGCUCUCUCGUCUGAGAACCGAACUCCUUCAAGUCGGAACUGACACGCCGUCCAUGGACGAGCUAAAUUCAUUGACAUACUUUGAUGCCGUCGUGAAAGAGUGUCUGAGACUUCAUUCACCAUUCGAAAAUACGCUGCGGGUCGCUCAAAGGGACGACAUUAUCCCCCUAUCUAAGCCGUUCGUCAACCGUGCUGGCAUUGCAAAGGACCAGAUAUUGAUCAAGAAGGGUGAUGGUGUAUUUAUGCCGAUUUUGCUGAUGAACCGUCUCGAGUCUAUUUGGGGACCGGAUGCGGCCAGCUUCAAUCCAGAACGAUGGUUCAAUCUACCAGAAGCCACGGGCUCGAUACCAGGGGUAUGGGGCAACCAGUUUAGCUUUCUUGGGGGUCCGCGCUCCUGUAUUGGUUAUCGUUUCGCAGUGACGGAAAUGAAGGCUAUCCUCUUCACUCUUGUCCGCAAUUUCGAAUUCAGACUCGGAGUAGAUGAAAGAGACGUUCUUAAAGAAUCUGCCACCGAGAUCAAGGAGCGCAGGGACUGGGAUAUAAGUUCUCGCGAGAGGCUAGACCUGAUCCGCAAGUACGCUGAAUUUGGUCUAUGUCACUCUGGGUCAGACACGGCUGGAGUCAAUACAACUCGGCGAUAUUUAUGCGAGGCUCUCUCUUUCUUGCAUCGUUAUAUCCCCAUUGGAUUACUCGAGGUCAUGCCACCCCGACUCACUGACCGAGCCCCAGCGUUUCGAGGACGGGAUGAACUAGAGACUCUGCUUUCGAGUGCGGACUGCAAGACGUGGGUGAAGAUUUCGGAAAUGGUCCUUGGACCCGCACCGGCAGCGUGGAUGUUUGUUCCAAAGCACAAAGGCAACGCGUAUAGUAACGAUAAGGGAACGGAAGCGCAAGGAUGA